UUUCAGGUAAAAUUCAAUUGAAAGCGCCCAUACAAGCAGUUUAGCUGGAAUAAAAGUUCAACUGGCAGUCUGCCAAACUAAGUGCCUUUGUUAAAAAGAAAGCCAAAGGACUCGAAUUGAAUCGUCGGAUCAGUCAUCAUUCAGGCAACGAACAGUAAGGUAGAUGUUCCCUCUCACUCGCUUCUUCGCCAGAGCUCUCCUGCCACAGCGCCACGUUUGCUAUGGUCAAGCACGAGCACUAGGCUCUUCCUCUACAUCGUCAUCAGCAACAGCACCAGUUGAAGAGGAAGAAGUAUCGUUUGAAAGCCUGAAACCAUCUAAAGUAUUCGAACGAAGCUUAACAAAAGAACUCAAGGAAAAGUAUGAGACUGCACUCAAGGAGUUUGAAAUCUUCGUUUACAUGGGAAAGUAUGUUCCGACACGAAUGAGUGAUGAAGCAUGGAAACAAACUUUAAUUUGUGAAUCGAUAAACGAUAAGAUUGGAUAUUGGGAGUAUCUAGCGGUCACUGAUAAGCGAAGAAGAAGUAGGAAUAAAGCUCAAAGUUCCGGUGCAGAGAAUUACAAGAAAGUUUUGGAAGAGCAGCAAAGAAUUUAUACAGCUGGUGGAAUGGGAUACGGACCAGAGAUGUAUCAAGUCAUUUCGAAUCCGAUGAGAAAUCAGAAACGAGUGAAUAAUAUCGAAGGGUCCAAAAUAUUUGCCGCAAUGAAUUCCGGAGCACCACGCAUCGCACUUGAUAUUCAAUAUGUCGAAGAAAUGAAUAAACGCGAUUCUGGAGAGCUCGGAAAUCAAAUGCAGUACACGAUCAGCGAGAAUUUCUCGGCCAAAAGUCCAUUUGUUCUGGAUUUUGUCAAUUCUCCAUCUAAAGAAUUUUUGGAACAAUGGUUGUCGAAAAGUGUUGGAUAUUACACGGGAAAUUAUAUAAACCAAACGAUUCUGCCGGAUUUCUCGACAAAGGGAAUCAAAGAAUUCUAUGGAAAAUCUGCGAACACUAUCUACAUAUCAUCAAACGCUAGAGAUGUUCUCGAUGGUCCACUCACUGCCGAUGUAAUUGGAAUUUGUGUCACUAUGGGACGGAAACGAGAAGCUUUGAGCGCUGCUCGUCGUGCCAAUAUUCGCGCCUAUAGAUUACCGAUUCAUCGAUACGUGAAAUGGAAGUCGGGGCCACAAUAUUUACCGUUUCCCAAUAUAAUGAAUGUGCUCCGCGAAGUUUACAUGAAUGGUGGAGACUGGAGCCGUGCUCUACACAACAACAUCAGUAAAAGGCAUUUGGUGAAUGCGGAUGACGACGAACAGAAGAAAAUGCAAAUGCUGAGGCGGAGAGCGAGAGAGGAGGAACGUAGAGAAUUGACUGAGGCAAUUAUGAGCGCUACAAAGGGUUAAAGAGUGAAUGGCUGAAAUUGAAAAGAAUGAGCUUUUGUCGAAUUGACAAGAAAAUCAUAUAGUAUUUUAGAAAAAUAUAGAUUAAUCAUUGAAGUCAAUUUCACUUUUUAGUUAAUGCCAUGCAAAAAAAACGACAGACAGCUCUGACUUCUCUUUAAGUGUCAGUCACUCUUUUUCUCUAGCUCUUUCAGACAGGUGAAGCUGAGCGUGGCAACUCACUUCAUUUAUCUUGGUUAGGGUAGCUAGAAUGUUUAGUUUUUGCAAAUUAUUGUUAUUUCUUAUUUGUUGGACUGUAUAAUUAUUGAUUGUUGAUUUACCUUCCAUUUAAGAAUGUUCGUAUAAAUUUUUUUUGAU